CGUUUUUUCAUAACAGCGUUGAAAGCUAAAUAGUCCGUUACUGAUUUUAUUCUUUUUUAUGACAAGCUGGAGAGAGAAACAUUACGCUAUAGGAUAAGCUAUUUACUAAUACCAUAUUUAUUACAAGUCUUAUUUCGAAGCUAGGUAUUUAAAAUUUCAUACUUUUCACAUGUCAUUAGGAGUGUAGCUUAUGUCAAAUACUAACGAAGCAUCGUAACCUGGCCUGUAUCGAUUUUUCAAAAUGCGGAAUGACUAUAAGAUACAUUGGGAUGAGUUUAGCCAAAUCUGAGCGUUCGGGUGUUCUCGUCUCAAGAUCGGAGGACCUUUGAGUGCCGUGAAGACAACCAGUCCGAGAAAGCAAACAACAUUUCUUGACGUGUACGAAAAAGCCCAAGAAAAUUGUUACGUUAUUUGUGUUCCGAAGAUGACGUCAGUAUUUGGAGUGAGAAUCUCACGCAAGUUUGUAGAAACGCAGAUUCUACGACCGUCGCCAUAUUUUCAAGGGCAGUACAUGACGAUACGUUCCUCCGCUAAUCAGACAGUAUUGUUUGACGACACCGGCCAGGGUUUGGAAACUGAUGAUGGUUUUUCACAACAUGUUAAAGUGAAGAUAGUCAGUGAGGAGUUAGCGUAUAACAAGAACUACAAACCGUACAAAAUACUUAUAACGGACCGACCGUUUGACCCAAGUUUCCAGUCAACAAAAACAUUAGCUGAUGCUCAGUAUGAUUCCGUUUGCUCACCCAAAGUUUCUUUUCUGGAAUGUAAGAAGUUUUUGCAGUCAUUUGCUGAAUACUCCCUAGUUCUGCGUGAGUUGGAUGACAGUAUAAAGUUGUUCAACAACAACUACAUGGUGCUGAAGGACUACCUUGACGAUGCUGCCAACAGGCUAGAGAAAACUGUCAAUCACGCUGUAGAGAAAUGUUUGAAGUGCACCAAAAUGAAGUACCACUCAGAUGUGAAGUUUAGGGAGACACUGUCAGGAGCAGUAGAAAGCUAUGUGUUGGGGAGCGUACACAACAAAGUGUUUCCCGUCAUAUGUGAUCGGUUCCGGCUUGAAGACGACGGUCUAUUAUCAAAGUGUCGCAGACUGAAUGGGGUUCUUCCAGAAACCCUCGGCGUCAAGAAAGAAUUCUCGUGUGCUUUACCGUCAGCGGUGGUGGAGUUGGCCAGGAUAGAUGCACUGUGCACACCAUAUGAAAAACUCAUGUGUGUCAAAGCUGCCAUUGACAGUGUCACAGAAGGGGUUAAUGCCCAUGUGUUAAAGAAUCAACAGCCGCUGUUACAUGUGCACGGUCGAAAAGAUCACCUGUGUCUGACUUCUGACGAUCUCAUUCUUCUACUGGUCACAGUGAUAGCCCAGGCUAAAUGUCUGCACUUGAAGUCUGACCUCUUCUACAUCGAAGUGUUCAGCUGGUUUUCAAUGGCCAAAGACAUUGAUAGCCUCAGUUACUGUCUCGUCACGUACAAAGCUGCUGUUGAAUACAUGAGAAGCACUGAUUUUGAGUCAGUACAGACACAAAGUGUGAAUGAAAGAGAUGGAGUGGGCAUUGACGAGGUCAUAACUGCGACAGUGUCGCUGUCUGUCAACAACCACGGUGGUGACGACAGUCGGCCUACGAGGAAGUCGCCCACGACGUCACGCUGGGACCGCCAGCUGGAGAGGAUCUCUCACAUGCUUGAUGAAUCAACUCGUGAGUUGGACAGAAGUCGCAAAACUCCAACGCAGCCCAGAAGCAUCUUUCAAACAAAUUCUACUCCCUGUCCGCACACAUCAGAUAAUAUACAAGAUCCAGGCAAGAAACAGAAUGAACUUGGUGAAUUUCUCUCUGCACUACAAGAUGAUGACUUUGAUAUGCCGUUCGGAAAACAGACAUGAUGACAAAUGGAUUUAAAACAGCGUGUUACCACUGACUGGCUCACACUUUCAUUAAUCUUUCUCACCUACCUUCCUCUGCCUACCAUUUUCUUUAUCUUAAUAUAAAAAACUUAACAAUUUCUAUCACAAUUUCAAUCUUUUUCAACCCUUUCUCUCAGUUUUCUCCAUCUCUUGUCUUCUUAGCUGUCCACAUCAUUACCUACCUGUUUCAGCUUACUCCAUGGGUGCAGUCUCUGUGUAUUUCCCUGCACCCACCUAGUAUCCUCGUCCUCUGCCACUAAUAAAGCUGGUCUGACCCACAGCACUAUCUAACAAAAGACCCCCGAUAGUAGGGGAGCAUAGUAGGUGGUUACGAGUGCCUCUUAACAAUGCCAGAAAUAACUACUGAACACUCUCCGAAGUGAUCAGAUUACGUCCACAGCUAAACGCUGAUUGGAAAUGGCAGGUGUGUGGCAUGGAUAGCCACAAGAGACAAGCACCUGUCGUGGUUGGAGAGACAAGGACUGGAACACUCUCCGAAGUGAUCAGAUUAAGUCCACAGCUAAAAGCUGAUUGGAAAUGGUAGGUGUGUGGCAUGGAUAGCCACAAGAGACAAGCACCUGUCGUGGUUGGAGAGACAAGGACUGGGAUGUGGAGGUGGACAGCGAAAGAAGUUGAAAGAUAGGAGGAGUUGCCAGAUCGUGAAGAAAUGAGAUGGAAACCAAAGGAGAGAAAGGAAAGAGGGCAGUGGAAUAAAAAAUAUAUAUACAUUACUGAGAACAGAAUGCGAAAUGAUAUCCCAUAUUUUACUGCAAUCUGUAUAUUAAAGGGACAGACCCUAGUUUUUAAACACUAAGGUAUAUAUUUUUCACCUAGACUGUAGUUUCAACCCGUAAAAAUGGACACUAAGUUUGGUUAAUUUACAAACCUGUAACA